CAGUACAAAACGGUGUGUUUCGGGUGAACCACGAGCUCAGCCUAACGGGAAUGAGGGUCUCAUUACCCAAACAACAGGACUUCCAAAACGAGUUCGCAGUCAUAUCGCACACCCGAUCCUUCUCACUUGCGGCCCGGUCUCCUAAGGAACGAGAGGAAUGGGUCUCUGAACUGAAUAAAGCCAUCAAAGAGAAUACGACUAAAAGGAUAUCAUUCGCCAAAUCAGGGAGUCUAUGUUCAGAUGAAACCCUAUUGCCUACCAGUGCCCUAUCGACCAUGGAGUUGGGCACCUGUGCCCCGGUAUGGAUACCCGACGCCCGGGUCACUAUGUGCCAGCUCUGCACCGAAGAGUUCUCAGUGACAUACCGGCGCCACCACUGCCGGUGCUGCGGGAAAGUCGUGUGCAGCGCCUGUAGUCAAAACAAGGCACCCCUUCCGUACCUCAAGAACCAAACGGCG